AUGGCUGAACCAACGCGCGCCGAGAAGGCACCCACGACGGAGACGACGCGAGCAGGCAGCAUCGACACCCAGAGGGCUUCCGUCACGGACAAGUCGGUUCAGGAAGCUGCCGCCAUCCAGCAUCCGCCAUCCUUGAACACCCUUGAGGCAACCUGCCCGCUUCCCAGGAGCGGCACUGCCUCUCCAGUGACGCACAACCAUCGCGACGAGCAUAGCUCUACGCUCUACGUCACGGCCGAAGAUAGCGUGCUCUCGGAGAACCAUCGCAGCGCUUUUCGACAGCGUAUGCGCGAGCAAGCACUGAUGCCGGAAGGAAAUAUGCACGUCAUGAAGUACCGCCAAAGACUACGCCGCUGCCUCCUUACGAUGGUAAUCUACGGCUCGACACUGGCUUCGACGGCACAGCUCCACUCUGCGGCCUUCAGCGACCUGCUGGCAUUCAUGGCUAAGGAGUAUCCAGAGUACCAUGUUCUCGGAAGUUUCACCUUCACGUUCUACUCACUGCCGACCAUUCUCCUGUGCUCUCUCUACCUCUGGUGUUGCUUGCUGAGGAGGAUAAGGACUGAGCGUGCGAAGAUUCGCCCCGAAGAGCGCAGGCUGCCGACUGGAGUGUUCGAGAACAGGCUAACUCUGCACGGGCCCUGGACCCAGGUUACCCCCGAAACCUUGGUCCUGCUGCUCUCCCUGUCAUUGUUCUCACUUCCUGCUGAACCGGGCACAUCGUCGACAGCUCCGGUGCUGCCCUGGACGGCAGCCAGGACACGCUUUCCCUGGAGCUGCAUGGCGCUCACCGCCUGCGGGCAGGUGCACGUUGCCUUGUUCCAGCGUUCAGGCAUGAACGACGUGCUGGUCUCGUGGGUGAAGUACAUUUCCGGGAAGACGUUGCAGGGCUUCCUCCCCCUGCUUGGAAUCCUCUCCAUGCUUACGGCCGAGCUGACCAGCAAGGACAAGGGUGUCUCCUUUCUCUUGCCCACACUGGACGCAAUCAUCCGUGCCCAGAAGGUGAACCCGUUGACGCUGAUGCUGCCCGCGACCCGGCUGUCCUCGGCCACCUUCUCCAUCUCAACGUCGUCGCAGAAUAACGCUUUGCUCAGAGACUGCGGUGGGCUCUCAGCUCUCGACAUGAUUACCAUAGGAGGUCAGCUGCACGUGGUGUUCGCUGCCCUGGAACUUCUCAGCGUCCUGACUGUCGGCGACGCCAUGUUCAACCUCGAUUCCUUUCCCUACUGGGCACUUCCUAAUGCAACCCGAACCACUUCGAGGAUGUGA